AUGCCUGGAAUUCUGCCUAUGAAGGUCAUCAAGGUGGGCACCAGCUCCCAGAGCCGGAUCGCCCAGGCCUGUGACCGCUGCCGCAGCAAGAAGAUCCGCUGCGACGGCAUCCGGCCGUGCUGCUCACAAUGCGCCAACGUCGGCUUCGAGUGCCGCACCAGCGACAAGCUCAGCAGGCGCGCCUUCCCCCGCGGCUACACCGAGUCGCUGGAGGAGCGCGUGCGCGUGCUCGAAGCGGAGGUCCGGGACCUGAAGGACCUGCUGGAUGAGAAGGAUGAGAAGAUUGAUAUGCUGUCCAAGAUGCAUGGCAACCGCCGGCCGUCCAUCGGCUCAUCGUCUGCGGGCUCGCCGCCGGAUCUCAGGAAAGACGCUGCUUCGCAGCCGAAGGAGGACACAUUCCGCAUCCAAGCUUCACCAUUGCUGCUUGGAGUCGAGAACUCAGAUUCAUAUUUCAUGGGUGCCUCAAGUGGUCGAGGCUUCAUCGAAGCCUUCAAGCGCAAGAUGCAGGAAAGCGGAAAGUCAUGCUCCGAAUUCAACACGGAAGCCUUCCUACACAUUCAGGGUUGCUAUCCUCUCGUGACUAAACCGCCUGGUCAAACUAUGAGGGUGCCUCCUCGACUCUUCUCUGACAGAUGUGUCAAUGUCUACUUCCAGGAAUGGGCUCCGCUCUUCCCGGUCAUUCACAAACCGACCUUCCUCCGGAUCUACGAGGAGUUUGUUGCCGACCCUGACAAGGUAAAGAACAAUCACAAACUGGCGCAGCUGUAUCUUGUGUUCGGUAUUGCUGCUCUCUCAAGCGAUAAGCCAGAUCUUGAUCAGAUUGCUGCCUGCGAACAACAAUGGCAACGAUCUCUUGAGACCAUCCUCAUGGACAACACCAUGAACACCCUGCAAUGCUUGGUUCUUGCUCUCAUGUACUGCACCGUCAGAGCCGACUACAAGCGCCUGCAACAUUACAAGGGCAUUGCUGUUGGCUUGUCACAUAGACUCGGUCUACACCAGAGCCAGAAGCGCUUUUCUUUCGGCGCUCUCACAAUUGAGACUCGCAAGAAGGUCUUCUGGACACUGUACACUCUCGACUGCUUCUCUGCUGCAAUGCUUGGCCUCCCGAAACUGUUGAAGGAGGAUGACAUCCAUGCUGAAUACCCCUCUGACACGGAUGACGAGUACGUGACUGAGAAGGGAUUCCAGCCAACCCUGCCUGGCGAGUAUACACGACUCUCAAGCGCACUGGCCCUCUUCCGAGCCUCCCGCAUUCUCGCGAAGGUUCUGGAGAAGAAUUAUCCUGCGGCUACCUCUCAUGAGCUCUCACUGCAGCAGAUGUCUGCUUUGGAAACUGAGCUUGAUGCGUGGUCUGAGAACCUCCCCCAACAUUUGAAGCUCACCUUCAAGCAAGACAAGCCAUCGACAGAUGUCACUGGCAGCCGCUCUCCACUACUAGCCCUUGCAUACAAUUACAUUAGGACACUCAUUUACCGUCCAGCAGUUGGUUCCAGUCUCGGUUCCAAGGCCGCUCCUGCAGUCAUCUCAGUCGGAGACUCGAGCAAGCAUAUCAUCCAGAUUGUUGAGCUGCUUGAGGAGAGGAGCAUGUCAUUCUCUUUCUGCCUCAACAAGUCUGACCUACUGAUCCUUUGCGGCAUGUCAUUGCUCUACCAGAGCCUUGACCUGAAGCAGGACAGCAAGCUGAUGAAGGACAGUGAGAAGCUUACCAACUCUGUCAUCAAGGUCAUCGAGAAGACCAAGGCACCUGGAACAUAUGACUUCAAGAGAGUGGCUGCUAUGCUCAUCGCUGUUGAUGAACCAGCGCAACCAUCACUGCCUACUCCUCCCAGACAUAGCCCCGAGACUUGCAUGGCUGCACCGCCUCUGCAAAGAGCUUCACCACCUGCUCAGCUCUCCAAGAAGGGUCAACAGUAUCCUCUUGGAAGGCAUGCAAGUGCAAGCAUGAGCGAAACCGACCUGCUUCUACAACAAGAGAAGAUUCGAAGAAUGACAAUGCCCAACAUCCACCCUGGAAGGUCGGAGCUACGUCGCUCUGGAUCUCGUGCCUCUUUCGACAACACCCGACCGGAUGCUUCAUUGCUUCAGCGUCGUGAUCAUCGACUCUCAAUGUCGCAAGCUGCCAUGCUAGCACGUGUAGCACCCACACAAAAGUCAAACCAGAACCUAGAUUACCUCUCUUUGAGCAAUACGCCCACAGGCUCACAGCCAUCUUCCCCAGUUCAGGCUCGUCUACAGCAGGCAACGAGUGCCGCCAACAACCAUCUAUACUCACAAUUGAACCAGAAAGUUUCCGGCGUAUCGGCUUCCGAUUGGGAGGCACUGCUAGGUCAAAUGGACGGCGGCCAGCUCAACGUCUAUGACGCUAUCUAUGGCGGGCCUGCUCUCACCAUAACCGAGACCCCAGCGUCUGCGUCAUCAAAUUAUGGUGGGUGGUCUCCCGACUCAAUAGACCUGUCCAGCUUCAAUCUUGGUGACUUCGGCUCAAAUCCCGCACCCGCACAGAGCGUUCUCAGCUUCAGUGAUGAGAGCCUGAGCUCAGGAGAGGAGAUCGCGCCGAGUGAGCUGGGUCUCAGCGUCAGCAGCCUGGACUACCGGAACGGGCUGCUCCCGACGUCGUGUACGACUACCGAAGGCUUCAUUCUAGACGGUCUUGAUGGCAACUUCGGGCUAUAA